AUGCGGAUCAAUCAGGAGACAAAAAUUGAAGGAGACGGUAUCGGGCUUUAUCCCUAUCAAGCGAGAUUUGUCGACAAUUACAAUAAAUGGAUGCAGGAUGAAGAGCUACAGGCUGCAACGUGCUCGGAACCGCUGACGAUUGAGGAAGAGUAUGAAAUGCAAAGGAAGUGGGCUGAAGACGAGGAUAAGCUGACCUUCAUCAUUGUGGAUCGAGACAAAGUAUUGGAAGGGGACCCAACUGAGGCGAUGGUGGGUGAUGUGAAUCUCUUUCUGGAUCAUGAGACAAAAACGGCCGAAUGCGAGGUGAUGAUUGCUGCCAAAGAUGCUAGAAGAAAGGGUUUCGCUCUCGAGGCAAUGACGCUGAUGAUCGGCUACGGGAUUCGAUUUGUGAAGGUGGAGAAUUUCUUCGCGGUGAUCACCGAGGACAAUCAGCGAAGCAUGGCUCUCUUCGAAAAACUCGGAUUCGUACAAAGUGAUUACAUAUCUGUCUUCAAACAAUACAAAUACAAGCUACCAAAUGAUCGACUUGAUGAGUUUGUUCAACGAUUGGAUAAAGCUAAUAUCAAAAAUCUGGAUGCUGCU